UUUAUCAGAAAAGGGAAGCUUUGAAACACUCGGGGAGAGUUUUGCCUGAGCUUAAUUCUUUUACUAUCUAACUUUUUUUUUAAGAAAAAAAAAUUUAAGAAAAACAAAACAAAACAUGGGAGCAUUUAUGUUUUUUGUUCUCUGCAGUUUGAUCGGUAACGUUGCUUCAGCUGAGAUGACAUUAGAGCCAGACAGACCAUUUUUGAGAGUCCAGCUCUUUGACAGUGCUGUCCUGAAAUGCUGCUUCAGGAAUGGAGCUAAAGAUUUCACUUGGAUGAAGCAUAUUUCACGCAAUUCCCAAAUGACCCCGGUCAUCCUGUCCGAAAGCGUUAUUCAAAGUUACUUUGAGCCUAAUGGCACACAAUGCGGGCAACUAACCCUGAAUGAAGUCCAACUGAACGACACGGGGUUUUACCAGUGCCUCUUCAACAAGAGCAAGGUCUUGACGCACGGCACCUACUUGCAGGUCUUCAAGCCAAUGGAGAAGACGAUAAACCUCAGUGAGAAGACCAAAAACAAGAUCCUGACAGCUGAAGGAGUCUUGCUGCUGCUGUGUGUGAUCAUUCCUUCCGUCUCACUUUUGUUCAAGUCAAACAGCCAAAAUAGGCUGGAGAUCAAGAAAACAAAACAAGAAGAGGAGAACAUCUAUCAGGGGCUGAAUCUGGAAGACUGUGGUACAACAUAUGAUCAGAUUGAACGUUCCCAGGCACAGAGCCAGUACCAGGAUGUGUGCAAUACUGUGGAAGAAAAGGAAGAAAUCCUGCUGGAGAAACCAUGAAUGAAAGCAGAAGGAGGGUGAAAGCAACGAGUCUAUUUCGAGAACAGUGUGAAAUGUGAUCGGAUUUUGACACACAAUGGGAUUUUUUUUUUUAUUAUUACAGCACAUAAGCGUUUUGAACAUUGCAGGCAGAUUUUUAGUUUAUAAAACUCAUAUUGCCUAACUAUAUUCAGGCUUUUAAGAUUAAGGCAGCUUGUGGUGAAACAGUCUUACCACCAGAUCUAUUCAUUGCAGCAAGGAUCUUUGUGGAACCAAUCAUGUUUGAUACAAACAAAUAAUUAAUUUAUGUAUAUUGCAGAUUUAAUGUCUUAAGAAUGUAUGUGUUGUAGUUUGUUUUUUUCUUUUUUUGUUGUUGUUUGAGAUUUUGUUUUUAAGUUUUCUAACCAUCAUGCUGUUUGCUUAGCAAUAUAUAUGAGAAAUGAUUUAGUUAUUAGCUUGUAUAACGUUCAUUUAGACCUUCACAAUGAU